UUCCUAUUGUACGUUUGCGCGAAAGGCGUGGAGGUGGUACUGCCGAGGAUAUCCGCGACAUACAGGGAUCUGUCGUUCGAAAAUAAGCGGAAUACUGUUAUUUACGCCAUGAAUACGUUUUGGACCUUGGUCGUACUGGUCAUACAAGGCGUUGGAGGAUCAGUAGCUACUCAGAACUACACCGUUCUCAACAUCUCUCUAGUGAGGGUAGUCGGCAAUCUCAUUUCCGGUUUAUACAUCUUCGAGCUUACUUACCGCCCGAACAUGAGGCGGCCUUUACUCAUCCAUCACUUUUGCACUCUAUUUGCCAUUAUAUUCCUUCAAGUCAUGCUACAAACCACAGGACAUCCUGCUAUUGCAACUGUCGGAUACAUAUGGGUAUUUCAGGCAACGACGGAGCAGUCUGUCUUCAUUGGACUCUUCCUGUAUAGACUUCGAUAUCAGAAGUUCUUGGUGAAGAGAACAUUACAGUUCGCCGCAGUGCAAUCAUUCUUGUGCAAAAUCGGAUUCGCAGUGUAUCUGAUUGUCUGGUGGGGUUUGAAGUUAGCCAAGUUCCACACGCUCGGUAACAUUGCCUUCAGCGUGAUGCUAGUGUGUAUUUGCGUGCUACUUGUGUCGACACAAAUAUAUGGAUCUUUCGCUGUAUGGUCGAUAGCGAGGAAUAUGGACCGACCGCCAAACGUUCCGGACGCCGAGAAACUACACUCUCAGACUGAGACAAGCUCUACUACUGCUAUGUCAACCCGCGAUUCUUCAAGUUCGUCAAGACGUAAAGACGAGCACCGCUCUUUAUUCUAUCCAUUCAUUCAUUAUAUACACACCUAGCUUUGGCUUUGCAUUUUCUAUAGGUAAUUUCAAGAGGAAUAUAUACACGUUCUGGGUCGGUACCAUAAAUUUGUAUACUAUACAACGUUCAAUCUCGAUUUGAGUCAACCUCUUCAGACUCGACUCCACAAGCAGCACUUUAUUUGGUUACCGGCUUUUAAGUUCGUCGUUGUUUCGUACCGAUAGCCUGAGCUCUCUGGUUUUUAUCAGCAUGCAUGGUACUGCCGUUCCUUCCUCAUUAACGAUGUAAGCAGUAAUUU